UGUAGGAAAGAAUGCAAAUUUAUUCAUAACCUACGAUCGGAGCAUAACUUACCUGUUCUGAAACACCAUGGGCUUGAGUGCUUAAAUGAUCAUGAACUAUGCCAACUUCUGCUUCAGAAUGAUCCUUCACUUUUACCUGAGAUAUGUCCGCAUUAUAACAGAGGUGAUGGACCCUAUGGGUCUUGUAACUUUAAGACAAUCUGUAUCAAACUUCACAUUUGUCAGCACUAUUUGCUGGGAGACUGCAGAUUCGGCAGUAACUGCAAACGAUUACAUGACAUUUUUAAUCCAGAAUGUUAUGAAAAACUGGAGAAACGUGGAAUGAGCUCAGACCUGAUUAAAAGACUGCCCUCCAUCUUCAGGAACGUGUAUGACAUCAAAAAUGGCAACUCUUCACCAACCAAAGUGAAAGGCGACAGUCUGAAUGAGGUAUCCACGAUUCCAAAUAAUAACGAAAAAUUGGAAGAGAUCUGCUUAUAUCACAUAAGGCGAAGUUGUAGUUUCCUAGAUAAGUGUAUCAGAGAACAUUUUCAUUUGCCAUAUCGAUGGCAGAUCUGUGAUGGUGCUGAGUGGAAGGACUUAAAGGAUAUGGAAAAGAUUGAAGAGGCAUAUUGUGACCCUCAAAAUAACAGCACUCCUGUGAGUAGCUCUGUCUCAGCGCUCAUACAAUUUCAGACUAUGACCUGUGGCUCUAAAAAAGUUAGACGCCUCUCCACAGAAUCAUCUGUGACCAAACCCCCUCAUUACAUUCUUACAACAGAGUGGCUGUGGUACUGGAAGGAUGAAUAUGGCUUGUGGCUUGAAUAUGGAAAACAAGAUGUUGACCAUGCUGCUGCUACUAUAUGUAGCAGUGACCUGGAGAAAGCUUACCUAGCCAAAGGGUCUCCAACAGUACUGCAGUUCAAAGCUGGGAAGCACAAAUAUGAGAUCAAUUUUAAAGACAUGGUUCAGAAAAACCUUCACUACAAGACGGAGAGAGAGGUUUGCAGGAGACCCAAAUUCAUCUCUCCACAAGAGGUUGAAAAGAAAAAAAUCAGUGGGGAUCAGCAUUCAGGAGAGUGGAAGAACAUUCCAGACCACUGGGACAAGUCUGUCUUACCAGAAGUUGGAUAUAAGCUUAUCAAACUUCUAAGUUCUUCGGAGGAAUACAAAAAAAUCCAGACAGACUUUCAGCGCACAAUGCCCAAAACUGCCAUUUUGUGCAUCCAGAGAAUCCAGAACCCAUCUCUCUGGGAAUUGUAUCAAUGGCAGAAAGAACAAAUGCACAAAAGGAACGCAGGGAAAGCUGUGGCCGAGAAGCUCUUAUUUCAUGGGACCAGUAAACAGUACGUUGAUGCCAUAUGUCAGCAGAACUUUGACUGGAGGGUCUGUGGCCUUAACGGUACAGUCUAUGGCAAAGGAAGCUACUUUGCAAGGGAUGCAUCUUACUCUGAUAACUAUAGCAAGAGUGAGCACAACGUCAAGACAAUGUUUCUGGCACGGGUGCUGGUGGGGGAGUUCACCUGUGGUAACUCUUCCUAUCGUCUUCCUCCCCCCAAAAGUGGUCAAAACAGUUACUAUGAUAGCUGUGUGAAUAGCAUGAGUAACCCAUCUAUCUUUGUCAUCUUUGAGAAGUACCAGAUUUAUCCUGAAUAUCUGAUAGAAUACACAGACCAGCCAUUGGCAGCGAAGCCAUUAAGUGUUUAUUCAUUCAGUUCAUAUUUUCAAUAGGAUUUGUUUAACUGAGAGUGCCGUCUGUCAGAAGUGGGCUUGGUAGCAUUACUAAACAUUAGGGCCUUGUUGCAUGUUAAUUUCAGGCAGCUCCUGGAGCUCUUAACCUCUGGAUUGUCCACACAUGAACACCUCAAACUAGUUUUAAGCACGCUUUAAGCGGCUUAAAGCUAUGCCACUCUUAGGGCAGGCUUCUCUCUCAUCCAUGUCAACCAGCUCAUGUUCCCUUAAUGUGUGGCCACUCCCUACAGGUGAGCUACCCAAGUUACAGCCCUCCAGGAUCACAGGAUGCAUUGCCUCCCCUCCCCCCCAUGUGGUCAAACUUUCUUCCCCCUGAACUCUUCUGCCCAGGGGUGCAAGCUUGCAGAGCACUUGCCAGCUAGCCAGGUUGCAGGGCAUGAAGGGAUCCAGGUGUGGGGUUUACAGGGCAUAGGGAGGAACAAGGCAGGGAGUGUGAUUGGGUCACCAUGAGCUGCAGUUUCCUUCCCAGGACAGGGACAGUAGCUCCCCUAAAAAUGCCUUUCCUCACCUCUCCCACUUCCCAGCCACCCCCAGAAGCACUUCAGCACCCCCUAGAACCCAAUCCCAAAUCCCAUUGUAUUAAAACAUAAGACCUUCUUUAAUUUACUUCCUCUUCAUUUAAUUUUUUUUUAUUUUUU